AUGACAAGGGCGCACAUCUCGGACGAGGCCGAGCCCAAGAUCUGGCCCCCGAUCUGGGUGUAUGGCAUCAACGACCACCUCGACGUCCCAGGUGAGCUACCUUCUGGAUUUGAGCCGACUGGAGCCUUAGGAGUAGAUCUGCGAAAGCUGUGCUCCACGGUCAAUGCCGCGGUGCACCCUGCCUUCCGGAUGAAGAGGGCCCGAGAGGGACAGGCAGCAAGCCCAAGCAAGUCUCAGCUGCCCUCGUCGCACGAGGCCCGACGUCGGCCCAGCAUGCUGGGGAAGGCGCCGGACAUGUCUGCCCUGCUCGGUGGUGGCCUGGGCUUAGGUGGCUUUCAUGAGGAGCCCAAGCCGCCGAAGGAAGGCCCAAACCUGAUGGUGAAGUCCUUCCUCUUCGACCGGGCCACCAUCAGCCUCAUCGGCCUUCUCUUGCCGACCGUUCAGAACAUCAAGGUCAUGUCCUUCUCAGACUGCAACUUAGACUGUGAAAUGCUCAGGUUGCUGGCUCGUGGCCUGGUGGGAAACUGCUCCGUGGAGUCCUUGCAGAUCGAGUGGAACAACCUCGACCUGCCACUGCCCACCUUGACGGAGGAAGAGAUACCGACGGAGGGUGAGGAGGGGGACGUGGAGACCUCGGCCUUCGACCGGGCCUCGAGCAUCCUCGAAGCGCGCGAGAGGAAGCGCUACACGCUGCAGUCGGAGCGGCUCUUGACCAACUUCAAGGAGUGGCUGGAGAGCCGCUUCGGCAGUCUGAAGCGGGCGUGGGAGGCCCUGGCGAGUUUCAAUGGCGCGGAGGGCAUGGAGGAGAAGCUUGCGGCCCCCGACUUUCACAGCCGGCUCUUCGAAACCCUGGGGGUCAGUGGCUCCCAGGUCUUUGAGGUCUUCGAGGUACUGGACGGACCAGACUACGGCGCAGACGGGGGUGGUCAGGUCUCACUCCAGGUCAUGAAGGAGGCCGUGGAGGGUCUGCCCGAGGCUCCGGAAACCGAGGAGGCGGAGGAGGAGCAGGAGGAGGAUGCCCUUGGUCUAAGCUUGGCAGCCUUCAUCCAGCCUAGCACGGUGCUGGAGUGCGUAAGCUACCGAGCCUGUUCGAUUACUCGCUUUGAGCUGGGACCGUUAUGCACCAGCUUGUCAGCUUGCCCCUGGCAGCUCAGGGCCUUGAACCUGUGGGAGAAUCGCAUCUGCGACCGCGGGGCGGAGCUUCUGGCCAAGGCCCUGGAUGCCUACCGAGGCUUGGAGUACCUGGGGCUUGGCCGCAACCGCAUCACCGACAUCGGUCUGCAAGCUCUGUGUCAGCCCUUCAAGCCGGUGGUGCCGCUUGAAGACAGCGAAGUGGCUGCAGCUCGGGACCAGAUCGCUAAGCAGCAGGUAGCCGCAAAAUCGGUGGCGGAUGCGAAGGAGAAGGCACGGGGUACCGAGUUCCAGGGCCGCCAGCGCCGCGUCUCCGUCCCUUUGGUGGACGAGCUGGAGGAGCGUACGGAGUCCGACGGCCCCAACUUUUUCUUGCGGAAGCUCUCCGAGCUCAAAUGCCUGGUCUUGUCCGAGAACCCCAUCAAGUGUGCCGAGGUGGUGGAGCAAGUUCAACCGUUUGGGCCUCGCGGCGCGGACUUGCUGCUUCGCUGUACCCCUGCAGCGACGGAGCUGGGGUGUAGGCGGCCCGAUCUCCUCAAGGAAAAGGAAAGGAAGCCGCUCCUGAACCUGGGUCAGAACUUGGGUCAUGGUAAGGAUGUGGCAGCAGCUGGAGGCAGCAUGCGAGCGACUGGCAUCGAAGCGGACCAACCGGCCCUCCAGCAGACUCUCCUGGAAAUCCGGCAGCUGAAUCAGCAGAAGCGCAGCUCGGUUAGCAUGUUCAGAGUAUUUGGGUAUGAUGAGAUGGACGCUUUUGAUGAUACCCUGAUCCCUUCGGUGGUCCCCAAGGGAAAGCGCCAUGUUCAGAAGGAGAUUGCCCGGAGCUCAGCCUUCAAUGACAGCAUCUUGGUAGGAGCACCGCCAGCUUUCAAACAGCUCUCCGCUGACAACUGGGUCUUCACCCUGUCAUUUCCGACAUCAACAUUUAGCAGCUCUGCGGGCGUUGGGCGCGUUGCCGUGUGUGCUCUGGUUCGGGUGCGCCGCUACAAGUGUGCGCUGAACUUCAAGAUUCACGAGGAAGUCUCUGCCAGGGGACGGGUGGAUGACCUGCAACGCGAGCUGAAGCUGGAGACGUCGGAUGUGAUGCAAGACUCCUUGCCAUCCGGGCCGACGACGCCGAAGGGGCCGGGACGCGGAACCUCGCGGGCUUCCCACACUUCAAGUGCGGCGGCUUUGCCAGGGCAGAGGUCUCCGAGUGCUGAUGCGUCCUUGGGAGUCGAGGCGCUGCCGCCGAACCCAUCGCAGGUGCGCCAGCUUGCCGUGGAGAAUGCUGCCACCCUAGAAAGACUCCGCGCGGAGAACGCGCGUUUGCGGAACCUCUGCGCUGAGAGGGGUCUCGAUGGCGACGGCUCGCCGCGAUCUCCUCGCAGGGCGCGAUCGCGGCCCAAGGGGACGGAAGCGCAGCCACUGCGGUCCCUGCUUCAGCCACGGACCGCAGGCGAGAUGUACAAAGCACCGGCUUCUCCGGCGAGCUUCGCAACCCCUCGAAGCCAGGAUGGCUUUUGCGUUCAACCUGGCAUUCCCGCGGCAGGAGUGCUCCCGGUGCCGGUGCGCUACGUCACUCCCAGGGCAACCCCCCGGGCAGUGUCACCACCGCCAAUGCCGGCGCCGGCUGUCUAUGCAGCUCCUGUCAGAAGCUUCUCAGGAUACCCGACGUUCGGCGGAACGCCCAUCAGCUUGUAG